UUGUUUACAAGACGGUCUAUAGCCAACGGCACACAAUUCAUUCAAUAUUAAACGGUGAAAAGUUAGGACGCUCGUAACCAAGACAAAAAAAAACGCAAAAAUAUAAUGCGCCAAUCAAAAGACCGUUUUGCGAUUGUGUUUGGCACCUCACUUGUCGCCCUAACAUUUUUUUUAGUAUUAGACAUUCAAGCUGGCCUAAAUUUAAGUGGCACAUACCUACCGAUACCACCGGAAAAUACAAUAGAGAGCGAACAAACUUCGGAAAAUGUGGAGAAAAUGAACAAUCAACCGGAUGACAGCCAACAAAUUAACGAUAUCGACACAUUUGCCACUUUAAAGCGAAACAUCGGUUUUCACUUUGACAAAAUUGGCAAAGUAAGACAGUUCUUAGGGUCUAGGUCGUCAUCACAUGAUAUCGGGAAUAUUUUCAUAAAUUCACCAACUGAUCGUUUUGUCGAUUUACAAGAUGCAAUUAACUACAUUGAAUUCACCAAUUCGGUUGCGACACAAGAGGAAAAUGAACUGCCAACCUUAGGAUAUUUGAUAUCCGCUGAAGUAAAUGAAAAUUCAACCAUUUUGGACAAAUUCAAUUACGAAAUCAAACAAAAUGAAUUGUAUUCGAAGGAUUCGAAAACAAUUGAUGCCCUAAUUUAUGAAAUGGCAACACGUAAAAUUUCAAGAGUUGAAGAAAAAAUGGGUGGAACUCAAAUCAAGAUGACAAUGCAAUUUGAUAACGGGAUGUUGGCUUUGUCGAAGCCUAUGAGAUUCCCGAGAGAGCAGCAAACGCUUGAAAAUGUAAUGUUAUAUGCUGACUAUGAACGACAUACGGCCGAUAUCGCCGCGUUCCAUUUGGACAGAUUACUUGGUUUUCGACGUGCUUUUCCUGUCACUGGCCGAUGCUUGAAUGUUACGUCGGAAAUUUAUGACUUGGCGGACACGAAAUUAAGAAACACGUUUUUUAUCUCAUUGCAACCAUACAGUAACCAAUGUUUCUACGGAACUUGUGACCGCUAUUGUGAUAUAUACCAUCCUGUGUGCAGUGAAAAGGGAAUGCUAGAGACAUCGUUUAUAGCGUAUUUCCCGGUUUAUUUGGGCGUAAAGAACAAUCGCAUAGCGCAUCCGUGGCGAAAAUCAUAUAAUCCAAACCGUCAAGCCAUUUGGGAAAAAGAUCCAAAGUAUUGUGACAAGGUGAAAACCCAACCACCGUACAACAAAGGACGGCGACUCUUUGAUUUAAUUGAUCUGGCUAUAUUUGAUUUUUUAUCCGGCAACAUGGAUCGACAUCAUUACGAAAUCAUCAAAACAUUUGGCGAGGAUACAUUUACAAUACACUACGAUAAUGGUAGGGGUUUUGGUCGUCCAUUCUAUGAUGAACUUGCAAAUUUAGCACCGCUCGUGCAAUGUUGCAUGAUUCGGUCAUCCACAUUGAAAACACUGUUGAGGUUUCAAAAUGGACCAAAACCACUGUCACAAUUAAUGAAAGAGUCAAUGGCAUCGGAUCCGAUAAGCAAAAAUGCACCGGUAUUAUGGCAGCCUCAUCUCGAUGCACUUGACCGUCGUGUUGGUAUUAUUUUAACCACACUGCGAGGCUGCAUUGAAACACAUUCCAUACAUGACGUUGUUUAUCCACGUGAUGAAUUUUAAUUUUCAGCAUGCGAGGGCCACAGCACCGAAAGAGAUAUUGCACCAUCCAAAUUUCACGAUGAUUGCAAAAUUGAAACCAAACAUUGCAAACAUUGUGCAUGAAUUGAAUUCUAGAAUAAAAGCUCAUUUGGCGCAAGCUGAUUGAGAAAUUUAUCAUUUUUUUUACAUUUAAA